GAGCUCCUCAGUGCUGUUUUAAUAGCUUCUAACAGGAUUCUCGUGACUGUAGGUUGGCAUCAUGCACGCUGAUGUCUGCUUUCUGCUCUGCGCGUGCUUUUUCUCCACUGGAGCGCUGCAGCUGCGCGGACAGGUGCUUCAGACAUGCAGCCAAACCAGAUCCAAGCGAGAAACCACCAGAACAGAGGGAGAAGCACAUAAACCUGGCAGCACUUUACUAAUGAGAAGUCCAGAUGUCACAAAAGCUCCCGUUACGAAAUCAGAACAGCUCCUCAAGUUAGAUGGCCAUGACUUCACCAUGAGGCCUGGCUUUGGAGGGCCGGCGAUAUCUGUGGGUGUUGAUGUUCAGCUUGAGAGUCUGGACACCAUCUCUGAAGUAGAUAUGGACUUCACCAUGACCCUAUACCUGAGACAUUACUGGAAGGACGAGCGACUGUCCUUUCCCAGCAACACCAACCAGAGCAUGACCUUUGAUGGCCGGCUGGUAAAGAAAAUCUGGGUACCUGACACAUUUUUUGUCCAUUCCAAACGAUCCUUCAUCCAUGACACCACCACGGAGAACGUCAUGCUCCGAGUGCAUCCUGAUGGCAAAGUGCUCUAUAGCUUGAGGGUUACAGUCACAGCGAUGUGCAAUAUGGAUCUCAGUCACUUUCCCCUGGACACCCAGACAUGCUCACUGGAGAUUGAGAGCUAUGCCUAUACUGAUGACGACCUCAUGCUGUAUUGGAAGAGAGGAAACAAAUCUCUGCAGACUGAUGAGAAGAUCUCUCUGUCUCAGUUCCUCAUUCAGGAGUUUCACACCACCUCAAAACUAGCUUUCUACAGCAGCACAGGUUGGUACAAUCGUCUUUACAUCAACUUCACUCUGCGUCGUCAUAUCUUCUUCUUCCUGCUUCAGACGUACUUUCCCACCACUCUGAUGGUCAUGUUGUCAUGGGUGUCCUUCUGGAUCGACCGUCGAGCUGUUCCUGCACGGGUUCCUCUGGGCAUCACGACGGUGCUCACCAUGUCCACCAUCAUCACUGGAGUGAACGCCUCCAUGCCCAGAGUCUCCUACAUCAAAGCCGUGGACAUUUACCUGUGGGUCAGCUUUGUCUUUGUCUUCCUGUCUGUGAUCGAGUACGCUGCUGUCAAUUACCUGUCCACUCUGCAGGAGCGCAAAGAGAGGACGCAAAGCAACAGGCAGUUGCCGUGUACCUGUGGAAUGACCCAUCCUGGUCAGAUGAUGAUGAGCAGCAGCUACAGCGACAUGGACAUGAUGACCACAGGGAACUACGGCAUGUCGGAGCUGAGCGGAGACAAACAGGAGCAGUUCCUGGUUCAUCUGGUCCUGGAUAAUGAGCAGGGAGCUCAAAGACCUGCUGUAAGCUCCAGCAGCAGCUUAUAUAUAGACACGCAUGCCAUAGACAAAUAUUCACGGGUCAUCUUCCCUGGAGCUUAUACACUCUUCAACAUCAUAUACUGGUCCAUCUACUCAAAUAGUUUGGAAGGUCAUGAGGCCGAGUAA